AUGAACGAUGUCCCUUGGGAAGAACUUCCCCACGACGACUAUGGUCCUGCGUUGCUUGCCACUAUAUGGGCACUUGUAGCCGUUGCCGGUAGCUUCAUUGGCCUGCGGAUAUACUGCAAGUUCUCACGGGGGCGAGGACUCUGGUUGGACGACCAUGUCCUGAUCGCAUCUUGGUGCGCUUUGUUGGCUUUGGGUACGUUCGUCACCAUCGAUGUAUCGUACGAUUUUGGCAAACACAACUGGGACAUAACGCCAGGCAACUGGUCGUGGCUCCUUCUUCAUGCCAACCUGGCUGGCUCAUUUUCCAUCAUCGCAGCUGCAUGGAGCAAAACCUCAUUCGCUCUGACCCUCCUACGCAUUACACGAGAGUCAUCAGACCGUUGGAUGAAGUGGCUAGUCUGGUUCAUCAUCGUGUCGAUCAACAUCGCUCUUGGGUUCAACGUGCUGUUUACUUGGAUUCAAUGUUGGCCAGUCGAGAAGACAUGGCGAACAGCUUCAACACCUGGCACAUGUUGGCCCAAGAGCAUCAUGAUGAAGUACAAUGUCUUUACUGCAUCUUACUCAGGUGCGAUGGACAUUUUCCUCGCGAUAUUACCAUGGAAGAUCAUAUGGGGUCUUACCAUGACCAAAAGAGAAAAGCUUGGUGUUCUGAUUGCGAUGAGCAUGGGUGUCUUGUGA